AUGAGCGAGGACCCGUUUGCUGACCUAGAUGACGAAGACCCCGACACUGAUAACCGGCCGUGGCAAGAUGCGGUCGGGGACUAUUACGAGCGGCUGGCCCGCCAGAACGGAAACGAGGGUGCUUUCGUUCGAUCCUCCCUACACCCGGCCUUUGGCGGCCCGGCGCCUCAACCCGAUGCCCAAUUCCGUCGAGACUUUGGCACAGGAAAAGAGGUGGAUCGGAAAGAACAAAGGGCUCUUUGGGAUGACGCUGUUGCUAAUAGUCCCGCUAGGAGUGAACAGCGUUUACGCGCAUCCGACUUUCCCCCGUCGAUGAUCCAAGACGAUGCCCGACGACGUGAUCGGUUUCGACAUGUAGACUCCGCGGAAUCUGAGCCGAGGACGCCUCGACCUGCUAUACCUCCCGCCGCUACUCUCGCACCGCCGUUCCAUGGGUACGGCACCGCAGCGCCGAGCAGCUCGUCAUAUACGGACGCUAGCGUGUAUUCGAACAGCGAGCCGGCCCGGCCUCACCCCACGACCGAAUCGCUCGCUUCCAUCGUCACAGCCUGGCCUGAAGUCACGUCUCGCUCGUCUUCCGCCCGUAGACCCCGUGGACCCCGUCCGGGCGGGCUGAAUAACAAUGUCGUGACACAGGACCGCCGUCGCGCCACAGAUUCGAAAUUUACUCCCCCUUAUGGGUUCGAGAUGUCCCCCACAGAAGCGGCAUGGUAUCUAGUCGAGGAGGAGAGGGUAGCUCGUCUGGAGGAGAUGGGACGUAUCGGCCGCCCGAGUUUCAAGGACCACGUUGACUCUGGAGCGGCUGCUGCUGCAUCGGAGGCCGGAUCACAGUACGAGACUGGGUUCAGAACACCGACGGCGGGCUCCACGCAAGCUGGGACUUGGGCUUCGUCGUCUCGUGAUCGGCCUGUGAGAGAGGUGUCGCCCCUGGGUUAUGGUGAUGAUGACGAGGGGCGCAGCGUCGCGACCGUGGAGGGACGGCCGCCUUUGAGUGAGGCGUCAACGAUUUAUCCUGAUGACUCGUAUAGUUUUGCUAAUUUCCGGCGGCGGUGA